AUGGAGAGGAGUAUGCGGAGCGGCGCGGUGCCCUACGUGCUGCGCGGUCUGCUGGGGAGGGAUGUCUCACAGGAGGUUGAUAGUGUGAAGACCACCUUCUCGAGUUGGGAUAAUUGUAUGGCGAAGGCGUAUUGCAAGUGGCCCGUCAUCGCCGCGAUCAUCGUCGCCUCGCUCAUCGUGCUCUCGGUCCUCUGGUGCAUCAUUCGCUGCGCGUGUUGCGCCCGUUCCUGCUGCUGUGCCUGCUUCUCCUUCCUGGAGUGCUGCGAUUGCUGCGGUGGAUCCUGUGAUGGGAAGAGGGAUCGCGCGCACCGACACCUCGACGACCGAGAUCUGUUUCCCCCUCACCAAGGCUACCAGCCGCCCGCACCGAUGAUGGGCGGCGCGCUGGCUGGUCCAACGGCCUACGAGCCGCCUCGAUAUGCCCAGUUCGAGGUAGGGAAAAACGGGCUGGCGGUCGAUCCGAAAGCGAACGCUCUUAGUGAGGACGCUCUCCCUCCGAUGCCGAGCUGGGAGACUGCUGUAAGUAGACACGUCUUGACCGAGGAAGAGAAGAACGCCGUUGAGUUGGGCGAGUUGAAUCCUGUUACCGGACAGAAGGUUCCUCUCAUGAGCGGCGGGGCCCCUGUUGGAAUCAGUUCACCUCCGAGUCCUGUGGAUGGAAUGCCCGCUAGUCCUUAUGGCGCACGACCUGGGCCCGGCGCUGGCGGGAACGGGUAUGCAGGAAUACCCGAGGAUCCGUACGCGCCGAACCGGAAUGCCUUCAACCAAAAUGCUAGAGGGUAUGGCGGUUCGUUAUCACCGGCACCAGCGGUGGGAGGUCGGGGGUAUGGGCCUCCUCAGCAUGCCAUGGACAACUAUGGUCCUACUACUCCUCAAGAAUCCUACCCCGGGACCAACAACAACGGCUUUGCCGCUUCCCCAGUCGGAGCAUAUGGUCGUCCCCAACCCGGUUCCCAGUACCCCAGUGAUCGCCGGCAAUACCCGCCUCAACCGGUGCGCCAAUAUUCGUCCGAUUCUGCGCGUCCCUUAAACCCGGGACGACAGUAUCAGCCGGAAGGGGGGUAUCAACCAGAUGGAAACUAUCCACCUCAGAAUUUCCCAAUGAGCGAUCCUCCACGUGGACCUUCGAGGGGUCCCGUUCGUUCGCCGCCGCCUAACAAUACUCCCGGCUUCGAUUUCGGUAUUGGUUCACAACAGCAGUACCAAUCCCGACCCUCACCACCUCCUCAACAGCCGUAUGGUCCAUCUCAAGGAGCGCGAUAUAGCCCACCCUUGCAGCAGGGAAGACCUGGCAAUGGGGGAUACCACGCAGGCAGCACAGCGCCACCGUCAUAUGCAAGCAGAAGCCCACCGCCACAGACAUCGAAUUACCAGCCAUACGUGCCUCCAUCCGAUCAAGAAACCCCACAAGCGUUAGUGCCUGGUGGGGGGAGAGAAAGAGAACCGCAGAACUGGGAUCCCGUUCAACGGUAA